CAUGGACUUUGCCGAGAUCAUUUGCGCGCUGUUCAUCGCCGCGGUCGCGCUCGUCUCGCUGCUGGCCAACCUGUUGGUGCUGCUAUGCUUCGUGCACAGCGCCGAGAUACGCCGGCAGGUGCCCGGCGUGUUCACCAUGAACUUGUCCUUCUGCAACAUUCUCAUCACCGUGCUGAACAUGCCGGCCACCCUGGUGGGCAUCGUCAGGGACCAGCAGCCGUUCGCCGACUGCGUUUGCCACGCGGUGAGCUUCCUGGAGACGUUCCUCACCGCGAACGCCAUGCUGAGCAUGGCGGCGCUCAGCAUCGACCGCUGGAUCGCGGUGGUCUUCCCGCUCAGCUACUCCGCGAAGAUGCGCUACAAGGACGCGCUGAUCAUGGUGUGCUACUCCUGGCUCCACUCGUUCACCUUCUCCCUGACGGCGCUGCUCCUCUCCUGGGUGGACUACAGCGACGCGUACGCGUCCUGCACCUUGCAGCCGCGCGACCGCGCCGGCGACGGGAUUAGGUUCACGGUCUUCACCGUGGUUUUCCACGCCACCAGCUUCGUGCUCUCGCUGCUCACGCUGUGCUUCACCUACCUGAAGGUGCUGAGAGUCGCCCGGUUCCACUGCAAGCGGAUCGACAUAAUCACCAUGCAGACCCUCUUCCUGCUGGUCGACAUUCACCCGAGCGUGAAACAGAGAUGCCUAGCCGAGCAAAAGCGGAGAAAGCAAAGGGCCACCAAGAAGAUCAGCAUCUUCAUCGGCUCCUUCAUCAUCUGCUUUGCUCCUUAUGUAAUUACAAGGUUGGCCGAGCUUCUACCUUUUGUGGACGUCAACCGCCGCUGGGGAAUCAUCAGUAAGUGCCUGACGUACAGCAAGGCCGCGUCCGACCCCUUCGCCUACUCCCUCCUGCGUCAGCAGUACAAGAAAGUCCUGGUUACAAUUGUCAACAGGCUGCUCCGCCGCGACCUGUACCCUUCCUCUGGCCACAACAGCUCUUUAGACACAGAGAAUGACUACUGUCUCCAGAGGAUCAGCUAAUGGCGAAACCCGCGGACGUGACGGAUGUGCACGCUACGGGUCCAAAAGACAGGGGCUGCCUCUCGGAGGCAGAGGCUUAGGAGAAAGACAGAGUGGACAGGAUAUUAGAAGGAAGGGAAGAGAGACGAGAUGGAGAGGUCAGAUUGUGGGUAGUGGGGAGGGCGGGGCGAGGACCACGGAACAAAAAUAUGGAAGAUAGUGGGUGGAGAAGAUUGAAGAGACCGUAAUGAGGGGGAGGAUGAACAGGCAAAGGAGAGAAAGACAAGAUGAGAUGGGUGAGGGGAAGACAGAUGGGAUGAUGUUGAGACACUAUUGGUAACCAAGGGAUAUUUAAUUAAUCAGCGACACGCACACGCACACACACACACACACACAAAAACUCCACAGAUGCACAGACAAAUCAAUUUCCUCAAACACGGGUUCAGAAUGAAUCUGAAACUGAAGGAGCACACCGCUGGAGACGUCUUCACUCUGAGAGACACGUGUCAAGUGGCCUUCUGUACUGUACCGACCACUUGGUAAUGAGUUGGGUGCAAAAUCCGCUGACCUUUUCCCCUGGCCGCAGGAAAAACAUGACGGGGCCGGCGGCCGACGGGCAGCAGAGCGAAGAAGAGAGGAAGAGACUGCGCUGGUUCCUGCGUCUGGAUGACGUGUCCUCAGUGGACGGAUGUGUCUCUCCGGUUCGGAGACUCGACCGCUGCACAUUAUUGCCAUGUUCCGUGUUGACCGCGUUAGGCUACUUUGCGGUGUCGUGUCAGUCACUGAAUAUUGAUGCACUUUGUCUAAACCUCUCAGCGCUACGGUAGUCAAAGGAGCCAAAGGCAACUGACAUGUACGCCACGCUAUGAAAGGACAGGGCUGGUGAUAUUCCACUUAAAUCUUUUUUUUUUUUUUUUAAAUCAACGAGAUCAGUGAAAAGAUAAAAACAUACUUUUUUCCUUCUGUAUUGUCAGAAUUCCCCAGCAUGCCCGUCGCUCUUACCCCCACAUUUUUAGAUAUACUCUAUGCUAAGCAGAAAGGAGUUAACAGUGGAUUUUUUUUGGGGGGGGGGGGCUAUUUUUAAUAAAUACAAGUUUGGCGAACUAGUAAUUGUAGCAUCAGUACAGUGAAAGUAGGCUUGGCCCUAUCAUGUUGAUGGUGACGAAGAAUCUUGUUGCAGCAACAGGGCGGCUCACUGGUGGGCUUUCAAUAAUCCCUGGACAAAUCACCAACAGUCAAAUCAAAAAUUUGAAUGUAUAAUUUAUUGUAAGAACAGGUGCGGCAGCCUUUUUUCUUUUUUUUUUUUUUAAAGUUCCUGGGUCUUGCAAAAACAUUUUAGCUGUGACACGUUUAUUUAAUUUUUUUUAUCAAAUCCAAACUUGUCAGGCGUAUUCAACAGGUGAACUCACAGGAGGCAGGGAUGAUGGGAGUUUGAAGAUUCAGGUCACAACGUCACGUCAGGUGAUUUGAAUCCAAAUGUUACACAUCAGCCUGGUCAGCCGCUCAUACGCGGUCUUACCCUUUAUGAAGUGACGAGACGGAAACAAGGUUUUGACGACACCUGCCUCAGACCGUGUUGUUCCUAAAGCUGCGGCUGUCUCGGUGAUAAAGUAAUAAACGCAUCUGUAAUUGUCCUCGAGCCCUUCGAAAGAAUAUUGAGUAUUACAGCAUAACAGCAAAUAUCUCAAAUAAACUUUUCCAAAUAUACAUUAGCUGCAUGAAUUUCAUUCAUAUCAAGUUACAAAACAUAAAUAUUGUCUGUUGUUGAGUGGCAGCUGAGGUGAAAUGGACGAACAGAGGGACGAACGCCGACACACUUGUUCGUAGCAGGGUGACAUCAUUUCUGGGUUUGGUCUUUUCGUGGGUUUUUGCUCACUGCAAAAAAAAAAAAAGAAAAGAAAAGAAAAAAAGUAGAAUAUCACCAGACUUUUUCUUUACAGUUGUGCGUACAGGUGUAACUGAAUGUGCUAGAGAUAGCCCACUCUUACCUGAAAUGCUUCUGUUUUGCUGUGCUGUGUUCUGCCAGUCGACUGGAGAAAAAAAUGCUUCUAUGGAUAUUUACAUGACGUUAUUAUGUACUUUGCACUGUACAGGAACAACGUUUUGUCCAUAGACGGAGAGGGAAGCAACGUGCCGUAGCAUAUAGGGAAGCUUUCCAAGUGCUUUUGAAACACACUGUUUUCGUGCCAGUGCCAGAUUUAAACAUGUGACUUUUUGUUCAGCUCUUCUCUACUUUAACCAGAAUAGCUGCUUUUAUUACUAUUUAAAAAGUCAAAUAAAUCGGUUUUCUUUGGACGUAUUUUCUGCACAUGUAUACUUUUCCUCCUGUGAGGCACUUGCUGUUCUUUGACAGUGUGAUUAGCUAUUAGUGGAAUAUGUGCAAUAAGGCCUGUCACUUAUAAAGCUAUUAAAAACAUUUGUGAUUUCACAGUAA